AGGUUGAAAAGUAUCAUGAGACAUCGGACAUGGCCAGCGCGCAUAUCUCUUUAGGUCCUAUACAACUCACACCUCGCCCUCGACAUCAUAUACAGGCCAGAGGAAGCAAAUCGUACCAAUGUCGCGCAAACAGUUGAAUCUCGCACGGCUGAACGAUAUCGUAUUGGGGUCAUUUGCUUUUGUACCAUCUUCAGAAACCCUGGACCACCUUAUUCGAUAUCUCAGUACAUGGAGUGGUAGCGACAAAUUUUUAAUGAUCAUACAAUAUGCCAUCAAACUAGUUAUCCCAUUCCUCAAUAUGCGUUCUCGACUUCAGCAUCGUGCUGGUCUUAGGAAGGAUACUUCUAGCUAUACUGCUCAGUCGUUAAAGAAGUUCGAUGGACUCAUCAGUGAUUCGAAGAUGCUGUGGAGACUAUGGGGUAUUCUUCCUAUUGUGCAAUGGCUAAUUUCCAUGGAACGUAACCCACCACCAACACGAAAGCUACUCACUAUCGAGCGACUCCAAGGCUGGUCGAUGCUAGUUUAUUAUCCUCUCGAGCACCUUUACUAUCUGCGUGCACACGAACUGAUACCUGCUAUCAUUCCCUCUGUCGCUUCCUUCUUCAAUCGCUCUUCCAAACCGACGUCUUUGAAUGCAAACGCGCUGAGCUUAUGGUCUUGCCGAUUUUGGGCGAUAUACGUGUUUCUCCAGUUUGCUCAUCUCAGCGAGGAUAGGAAAUUACUAAAACUUCGGGAGAAGAACUUGAAGAAAGGAAAAGGACUCGCCCCCGAGGAGAAAGAGGACAUUCGCAACAGGUGGGAUGCGUACUGGAAUGAGUUCAUCGUCAACGUCGGUUAUCUACCCCUGACAAUUCACUGGUCACUGGAACAGGGCUUGUUCAAAGACGAGGUCUGGGUUGGCUUAUUUGGACUGAUAGCCGGAAUAGCAUCGUUCAGAAGUGGCUGGAAAGCAACCGCACUGGCACCUGCUGCUAAUCUAUUGCCUGCCGAAGUACCAGACCAUACAGACUUUUCUGUCAUCGAAAAGCAGGAUUCUAGUAUUACCAUGUAAUGUAGGUUUCGCGGCCUGGAACCGAUGGUCGCUAUUCAAUUCAAGUCAGAUGGGGCAGAGCUCGUAUAUGUGUCUUGCAACAAGCGUUCUGACCGUCACGAGAGGAUAAAACUUCUCAAGUCCGAAGAUCGCUGUACCGUAAUGUCCCUUUAUUUUGCUUCUGUAUACCUAUCUCUAUAAACAAUCCUUCGUUUAACUCUGC